CUUGGUACGAAGAUGUCGCGCACACCGACGUCUCUCUCCCGGUCGUGCAGGACCCCAGGAAGAAGCCCAGUCGGAUUAAGCUCGUCUGUCGCCGAGCGCGCCAAGCUUGUCCGUCAGCAUGGAUAUCUCCUGAAGAAAACGUUGUUCCGCGGGUUUCGCGCGCAAUACUUUAGCAUCAACUUUUACAGCGCCAAACUGCAUUGCUUCGCGGACUACAACGAUUUCAACAUGUGGAACAGUCAAGGCCAGCCGCGGGACUCGUCGUCGUUAGUCGGGGGUAAAAAGGCCGUCACCCCCUUGCGCGCCCAUCACAUUGUCGCCGUCGACGAAGACGAAACAACGAAAUGGAAACUGAUCCUUACCGUUCGAAGGAACUUCUCGAUCACAAGCAAGACGGAAAAGAUGAUUCUGCUUGCCGAAUCCUGCGAUGACUUUUCCGACUGGUUGGAUGCGUUCCACGACGUGUUGCAACGAACUUCGUUCUGGGAGACGACCUCAUAUUCCAAGAGCUGGAGUGACAACGCGACUGGAAGCAGUCGAAACAUGCUCUUCCGGCCGCCUCACAACGGAGCGGACAUGUCCUCCCGUUCACAGUACCCCCCGACGACCCCCACAGCAGCAUCAUCUCCACUCACAUCCAGAUCGUCGCGGCAUGGAAGCCGCAACCUGUCAACACCGUCGAAUACCGACCGACAUUCUACAACGACCGCACUUUUGUCUCAAGGCCCGCCACGGAAUAUCGUCCUCCUCAGCUCCGCCAAUGGAUCCACAAUGCAUGUCCCCGAAGCCAAGCUCGCGCGUGCAAAGUACGAGCUCGAGCAACUGCUCGCUGAGCCUGGUACCUACCGUCCCUUCCGCGGGCUCGUCGAGACACAUCAGAACUCUCCCGCCGAAUGCGUUCGCUCCUUGGCACCGAACACAAACACAAUCGAGUGGCUACAAGGCCGCCCCGAUUACACUCUGACGGAUCUGGCUUACCUCAAAGGUCGCACCCGCUUCCACGAACCCACCUCUGUCGAAGCGAUUCUGGAAACGGCUCUGCGCAUCUUCGUCAUGGAUGUUGCCCACAAGCCCAACGUAUAUCAGUGGCAGUCGAUUAGCCUGCCUACCUUCUGGUUUCAGUCGAACGACGACGCGCCCAUGUGCGGUCCAGAAGCGCUCGCGACGCUCCGCCACACGUUGCUUGGCCUAGUGCCUUUGCACAACACGUCACUGGACAUGGUUGCCGACGUGUUUGGUGCCGGGUGUCCGUUGGAGGUGCUGCAUGUGUACACGACCAGCCCGAGCUUUUAUUUUUCGUGGAGGCAGUGGGGGGCGUUCACCGGGUCGUUUGAAGGCCGCCGGGGCAACGGCGAGAACGUGGAAAUCUCUGGCUUUGGCCACAUGCUCCUCGACGUCGAGGGCUACCAUAUGCACUCGCUGCAGUUGUUUUGCCAUGACGAAGCACUCAAAGACGCCCUGCGCCGCAACUUUGCCGCGUAGUCCGCAGACAGUAUUUAGCACCGUACAAUAGACCAUACCCGACAGUUGAGUACGUGGUCCUGCUGCUAUCAUGGCCAUGCAAGCGGUGGCCAUGAAGACCGCCUUGUCGGCGUGGAGAAACCUCGAUCAAGUCGGCGCGGCGGCUC